GAUGGUUAUGCAGGGAUUACCCGAAAAAUACAAGCCGUUCACUCUAAUGGUGACACACGGUGACAGUGAAGUAACGUUGGGACAGUUCAAGGCGAAGUUGAGGAACUUCGAGGCCUCAGAAGAUUCAGCCUCGAGACGAGCGAGAGGGUGCUGAGGGUCCAAGCAGCAACAAAGAGAAAGCCCGCCAAACGAUUCAUCCCCGAUGGCGGCGGAGAACACGUCGGCACAUGUUGGCGAUGCGGAGAGAAAGGCCAUCGAAAAGAUGACUGCAGAAAGAAAGUCUGGUGUAGCUUUUGUAAAAGCAAGGGGCACACAGACAAAGCGUGCACAAAGAAGGACCGCGGUGAUGCCGCUCGGUGCGCGAGCAUGCCAGGUGGUACCGGAGAAGCUGCGGGAGGAGGUGACUACACCCUCAAAGUGCGAGCUGAAGAGACCAGCCUACAGAGACAACAACUACAGACCCACAGAAAACGAUUGAUCGUGGACAGGGGAGCGUCGUCUCACAUCAUCAACGAUAAGAAGAAAUUCAAGAUUUUUGACAGCACCUUCAAGCCGGAGAGACACAGCAUGGAAUUGGCAGACGGGAGGCGCACCUUCGGGGUGGCGCACGGCAGAGGAGAAGCAGAGAUGUGUCUGAUAGACUGCGAGGGACGACGGUGUAAAGUGACUCUGAGGAACGCACUAUACAUCCCAUCGUACCCCCAAGAACUCUUUUCCGUGAAGUCUGCUACAGCUAACGGAGCCAAGGUUUUCUUUGACGAAGAAAACCCCCCCAGAGCAGAGCAGCCUGAGCCUCAGCACGACAAGACAGGACAGAAGACAGGCACAAUGGAGGUGAAGGUGUUCGUGGACGGUAUUCCCCGUGUGGUUUGUGGCGUAACAGAGGAAACGACAUGUCAAGAAGUCGUUAUAGCAUUGGCUCAAGCCCUUGGUCAACCAGGGCGCUACACAUUACAGGAGAAAUUUAAAGACUUUGAGCGGAGCAUGGCACCCAAUGAAUGCCUACUGGAGACUCUUGAGAAAUACGGCCAGCAGGCAAGGGACGUCCGACUCACACUGCUUCACAACGGACCCUUGGUCUUGGACGAAAUGAACAGGACAAAAGUUGGCAGAUACCAGCCUUGCCCACCAUUGAGAAGGAAAGAUGCAGGCACCAGAAUGCGGCGGGGAAGCGGUUUACUGAGUUUGCAUCGUCAAAGUUUGCCACCAAGUUUGAGACAAGAGGCUGAGCAGCAGAAAGAAGAUGUGAAACGGCCAAAAAGAAAGUCUCUGACGCUCAUGGAGGAAGCCUGGGAAUGGCUGGAGAGUCUGGGUAAAGGCAAGGUCUAUAGUACCGCAUGUGAUAAGGACAGCAGUAAGAAGACCGAUAAAAGGAAUUGUACCUCUUUGGGUGUUUCUCUCACUGUGGACGAUGGUAACUCAGGUAGAAGAAGUAGAAGCAAAGUCAGAGGUCAUAAAAGUGUGAAGUCAGACUUGGAUCAUCAAACGUCCUGCUGCAUGGGAAGCCAGACGAGGAGUAAAGUAAGUAAACGAGCAGAGAAGACUGAAGUGGCAAAAUCUGAUCAAGUAGCCAGCUCGAAAUCUGCUACAAGUGAAGACGAGAAAAACAGUCGAAGAGAAACCAUAAUAUAUCAACUGAGCUGUUUGCAGGAUUUGCAGGACCAGAUUGCACGCAUAGACAAACAGAUUUUGGAGCUUGAGGAAAAACAACGUGCUGAAAAAGAUGAGCAGGAAGCCCAGGAGAGAAUGGUUGAAGAGGAGGUAGAGCAGAUCAAGUUUUGGGAGAAUGAGUUAAAGGCAGAGGAAGGUUUCGAGAAAGAUUUGCAAAGCCAGUUCCUUGAGAUGAGAGCAAAUACUGUUAGGUGCAAGGCCAAACUGGAGGAGUACAAGCACAAAAUGCAGGGGCUUGAUUUCUUUGCCACUCCAAACAUUGCUGAAGGGGUUUCAGAGAGCAUUUCGGAAAACGUUGAAAAUGCUGCCACGGAGAAUUCAGCUGUUUCAACUAAGGACCAACAAUCUGAUCAAGAUGGGGAUGUAAAUAUUAACAGGAAGUUCCUGCCCAGUCGGGACUUGAACCCUCCUCACGCUCUAGUUCCUCCCGGGCAGAUAAAGGAGCGACGGCCCACCGGGCCCACAGAACUGAGGGAGUGGUGGACACGCUGGUCUCAAGCCCAAGGCCCUCAACCACAGACUAGAAAGAAGGUGAUUCACCGCUCUGAGCUUACCAUAUAUCUGGGCAGUACCAAGGUUUAGAAUCAUAUUGACAAAUGUCCCAAAUAUUAAGACUUUAGGACAAUACAUAUUGGGAAUGCCUUCCUGUGUGGUCAUUUCAAUCCUCCCAAUGCAAGACGCUGAUCCUUCUGGUUCAACAUGUAUUCGACAUUUUGUAAAUGUGCAACUCUGAACUCCUAAGCGAGUGAACAAGGGUUUUUACAGGAAGUACUUCCAUAAGAAAACCCAAAAAUAAAAAUCUUAAGCUACUUUUGUGUACAGUACAUAAACAUACACUGAAAAAAUACUUGACUCAAUUCAAAUUCAAAACUACCUCUGUUAGGAGGAUUUUGUGAAUCGAACAUGAGACUAUGCAUAUUUGUGAAUAAUAUUGUACACUCUACUUAAAUAUAGGGAAAUAAAGAACUUUCUUUUUUUCCAGCUUUCAUGUGAGCACUUUGUGGAUGCCGUCCACAAUUUGAGGAACGAUUAACUUUGUAAACUAAACUGUUGUGACACUGAAUCUUCUUUCCAAGGAAACGGAUAAUUGUAUCUGUUGUGAAUAUGCAAAUUUUGUCAUCUGCUGAAUACCAUUAAUUGUUUUGCUGUGGAGAACCCAUCUAUGCAACUUUGUCUUUAUGUAAUAAACCAUUAGCUAAU